AAAUCUAACGGUCGACAUAUCUCAUCCAGGUCCUUUAUAUACAUCAUAAUUCGCGUUUUAUUUUUCUCGAUAACACUCGCAGCAUCCUAGCACUCCUUAGCUGUGGCGGCGAGUUUCUAGGGUUUCUGAUUUCUGCAAAGGAGUUUAACAGAAAAAAUGGUUCUUCAAAACGAUAUCGAUUUGCUUAAUCCUCCGGCUGAAAUAGAGAAGAGGAAGCACAAGCUCAAGCGACUUGUGCAAUCUCCCAACUCAUUCUUCAUGGAUGUGAAGUGCCAGGGCUGCUUCAAUAUAACUACUGUGUUCAGUCAUUCGCAAACCGUGGUAGUCUGUGGCAAUUGCCAAACUGUUUUGUGCCAGCCAACCGGUGGGCGUGCAAGGCUUACAGAGGGUUGCUCUUUCAGGAGAAAGGGUGAUUGAAUAUGAUACUUCGCUUGCUUUCUGCCAGUUGGUGGUAAAUGUUGGGAAGAGUUAUUUUUAAGGGAUGAUGGUGUCAACGAGUGAGAUCACUUCUGGGUUUUGCCUCUGAUGUGGAAUUUUGUUAGCAGAAAGUUUGUAGACCUCGUGUUUCUAUUUCAGGAUUGUUAUCUGAUUUUGUUUUGUUGCUUGAAAUCUGGCCUCAUUGACAUAUAGUUUAUUUUAUUAUCCUUUUGCACUUUUAUUA